AUGACCGAAGUAAUGCACUCGCAGUCGCCGACACCACCGCAUGACUCAAAACGCAACGGUUCAAAACAGCACAUCAUGGUGUUUCCAUAUCCAGCACAAGGCCACUUACGUCCUCUUCUCGACUUAACCCAUCAACUCUGUCUUCGUGGGGACAUCACAGUCUCAAUCAUCGUCACACCUAAAAACCUUCCUCACCUCUCCCCUCUUCUCUCCGCUCAUCCAUCCGCCGUCUCCGCUGUCACUCUACCUCUCCCUCACAGUCCUUCCGGCGCUGAGAACGUCAGAGACCUUAGUUGUACUCCUCAUGUUAUGGCUUCUCUUCGUCAGCUUCGAGAGCCUAUCAUCAAGUGGUUAAGUUCUCAUCCAAAUCCUCCCGUUGCUCUCAUCUCUGACUUCUUCCUUGGAUGGACCAACGAUCUCGGUGUUCCUCGCUUUGCUUUCUUCAGUUCUGGAGCCUUCUUUGCCUCCCUUAUACAUUAUGUCUCCGACAAGCGUGAUCAUCUCUAUGACCAAACUGAGCCUGUCUGUAUCUUAGAUCUUCCCCGUUCCCCUGUUUUUAAGACAGAACAUCUUCCGUUAACCCCACAAUCUCCGUUGUCGCAAGAUGUCAAUAACGUUAGAGACAUGACCAUGAACUUCUCUAGCCAUGGUUGUAUAUUCAAUUCUUGCAACUGUCUAGAAGAGGAGUACAUGGAGUAUCUGAAGCUGAAAGUUGGUCAUAAUCGUGUUUUUGGUGUUGGUCCGGUUUCUUCAAUCGGUUUAGGUAAGGGGAAUUCAGAACUCAGUGUAGACGUGAAGGCCUUGUUGAGUUGGCUUGACGGAUGUCCAGAUGGAUCCGUUCUAUACAUCUGCUUUGGAAGUCAAAAAGUGUUGAGUAAAGAGCAAUGUGAUGCUUUGGCUCUUGGUCUUGAAAAGAGCAUGACCCAGUUCGUUUGGGUGGCUAAGACAGACCCGAUCCCCAAUGGGUUUGAGGAUCGGGUCUCUGGUCGAGGAAUGAUUGUUAGAGGGUGGGCUCCUCAGGUGGGUGUGUUGAGUCACGUGGCGGUUGGUGGGUUUUUGAGCCAUUGUGGAUGGAAUUCAGUGCUGGAAGCGAUGGCUAGUGGAACCAUGAUCUUGACUUGGCCUAUGGAAGCAGACCAGUUUGUGGAUGCCAAGUUGCUUGUGGAGUAUAUGGGUGUAGCUGUUAGUGUCUGUGAAGGGGGUAAGACUGUGCCGAACCCACAUGAGUUAGGUUGGGUCUUAGCUGAAACAAUGGGUGAGCAAGGACGUGAGGUACGUGCUCGGGCCAAGGAGAUGGGACAGAAGGCACGAGCUGCGACAGAAGCAAGAGGAAGCUCUACUAUAGAAUUAGAAAGACUUGUCAAAGAAUUGAGCUCUCUAUAA